AUGGAAGAAAGUAAAAGGAAUUUAUUAGAUGAAGAAGCGAAAGCUUCUUUAGACAUAUGGAGAUAUGUUUUUGGGUUUGCAGAUAUUGCAGCUGCAAAGUGUGCCAUUGAUCUCAAAAUACCAGAAGCCAUUGAAAACCAUCCUUCGUCACAGCCCGUGACACUAUCCGAACUCUCCUCUGCCGUCUCUGCUUCUCCUUCACAUCUCCGCCGUAUAAUGCGGUUUCUUGUGCACCAAGGACUCUUCAAAGAAGUCCCCACAAAAGAUGGUUUAGCCACUGGCUACACUAACACGCCACUCUCUCGCCGUAUGAUGAUCACAAAACUGCAUGGUAAGGACUUGUGGGCGUUCGCACAGGAUAAUCUGUGCCACAGCCAGCUGAUCAACGAGGCCAUGGCUUGUGAUGCAAGGCGCGUGGUGCCACGUGUAGCUGGAGCUUGUCAAGGCUUGUUUGACGGCGUGGCUACGGUGGUUGACGUAGGAGGAGGUACCGGAGAGACGAUGGGAAUACUUGUAAAGGAGUUUCCUUGGAUCAAAGGAUUUAACUUUGACCUUCCUCAUGUUAUUGAAGUUGCUCAAGUCUUGGACGGUGUUGAGAAUGUUGAGGGCGAUAUGUUUGAUUCUAUUCCGGCAAGCGACGCUGUUAUCAUCAAGUGGGUGUUACACGAUUGGGGAGACAAAGAUUGCAUAAAGAUAUUGAAGAAUUGCAAAGAAGCUGUUCUACCAAAUAUCGGCAAAGUGUUGAUAGUGGAGUGUGUUAUCGGAGAGAAGAAAAACACGAUGAUAGCGGAAGAAAGAGAUGACAAGUUAGAGCACGUGAGAUUGCAGCUUGACAUGGUGAUGAUGGUUCACACAAGCACAGGCAAAGAACGAACUUUGAAAGAAUGGGACUUUGUUCUUACAGAAGCUGGCUUUGCUCGAUAUGAGGUUAGAGACUUUGAUGAUGUUCAGUCUCUUAUCAUCGCAUAUCGAUCUUAA